AUGCAGCAGUGGCUGAUUUCGGGAACCAUGAACUACAUGCAGAAGAUGGUGGAUGACAAGAUCCUCACUCUGCCCGGCUACACGCCCAAGAUCUACACAGCCAUGAAGUCGCCGCAGUACAAUGAGGAAGACUUUGUCAUGACCAUGCCUCUGGUUGAAUGCGAAGGGCAGAAGGCUGCCCUGCCAUUUCGGCAGGCUUGGCUAGACUCGCCGGAUGGCCGCUUCAAUGCAUGCAAGAUUCAGUUUGAUGCAGUGGUGGCGGCGCACGACAAGGAGUUCAAUGUCUCGGGUGUGCCAUUCAAGGGCCAGAAGCGCAUGGCUCCACUGGCAGAUGAAUCCGACCCAAUGGAGGCAUUGCUGGGCCUGGCCCCAGCCGCCGAAACCAAGGCUCAGUUGGAGAAGCCCCUGGUGGAGAUCAGUGCAGCUGACAUGGAUUUGCUCAUCGAUGCCAAGAAGCAGCUGUGGUUGUUGGCCAAGAAAAGCACCAUCAUCAGCUGCAAAAAGCCCUUGCUGCUGCUUUGGGGUGAGUACAUCAAGGACGAUGUCUUGAAGAAGAGGCAGGAGGCCAACAACGCAUGGCUCAUGGAGUACAAGUUUGACUCCCCGGACAUGAAAGCAUUCCAUUUCCAUGAGCUGGGCAACGUGCCGGCAUUCGAAGAGGGCCUCACCACCAUCAAGAGCUUCCUCAAGUUCUUGGAGCAGCAUGCCAUCGUCCAGCCAAGUAUGGCAUGUCAUGAAAUCACCGUCGCUGAGGACAGCUACAAGAUCAACAUGACAAAGGAGUGCUGCUUUGAGAAGAAGCCUUUGCCAGCAAACCAAACCCCAUCGGCCAACAACGGUGGCAGUCUGCUGUCUUUCAGUGGGACCGAUCUGGGCCAACACUUGAAGCUUGUUCACAGGCUCAAGUAUAAUUUGACCGACAGCUCCAAGGGAAUAUUUCCCCAGAAGCCUAAGAUUUUCCUGACACAUGACAUGAAAGUAGAGGCUGGCAAGUUGUACAGGUUGCCCCUCUCGUAG